AUGAAAAGAAAAACUUGUGAAUUACAAGACAGUGCAUAACAUUUACCUAAAGGAAAUGUUGUCAAUUAGUGUGUAAACAAUAUAGUAAAUAAACGUUGUGCAAAAACGCUAGAGCGAAAGUAAACAAUAAACAAUAACAAGUGUAAGAAGCAGCAGCGACAAAUCGAUCCAACUGAAAAGAAGUUGAAGUCAUGGCAUACCGCUUAAAAGCCACUAAAUGUCCCACAGAUGAAUUGUCGUUGACCAAUCGCGCCAUUGUUAAUGUAGCAGAUUUUCCCGAUGAUGUCAAAUAUGCAGACAUAUCGCCCGCCGCGGGCCAACAUUUCAUAUUCGCGCUGGAGAAGACUGUGGAGGUACCCAGCGGCUACGUUGGCUUCUCUCUGGUGCAGCGCAAGUGGGCCAUGGUGUCCAUUAACCAGGAACUGGAGGUGCGUCCGUAUCGUUUUGAUGCGAACUCUGACGUGAUCACGUGCGUGUCCUUCGAGACGGACUUUUUGCAAAAGAAGACCGUAUCGCAGGAACCGUAUGAUUCGGAUCAGAUGGCAAAGGAGUUCAUAAUGCAAUUCGCUGGCAUGGCGUUAACUGUGGGACAAUCGUUGGUGUUCAACUUCAAGGACAAGAAGCUGCUGGGGUUGGCUGUCAAGUCACUGGAGGCCAUAGAUCCCAAGACUUUGGGCGAAGGCAAGGAGCCGAGCAUGCGUAAUGUGCGCUUUGGCCGCAUCUUGGGCAACACUGUGGUGCAGUUCGAGAAGGCAGAGAACAGCUCGCUGAAUCUGCAAGGCAAAUCCAAGGGCAAGGUGGUGCGUCAGUCAAUCAUCAAUCCCGACUGGGACUUUGGCAAAAUGGGCAUCGGCGGUUUGGACAAGGAGUUCAAUGCGAUCUUUAGACGCGCCUUUGCAUCGCGUGUGUUUCCGCCAGAGCUGGUGGAGCAGCUGGGCUGCAAGCACGUCAAGGGCAUCUUGCUCUAUGGACCACCUGGCACGGGUAAAACCUUGAUGGCCCGUCAGAUUGGCACCAUGUUGAAUGCACGCGAGCCCAAGAUUGUCAACGGUCCACAGAUCUUGGACAAGUAUGUGGGCGAGUCCGAGGCAAAUGUGCGCCGUCUGUUCGCUGAGGCAGAGGAGGAAGAGAAGCGUCUUGGACCCAACAGUGGUCUGCAUAUUAUAAUCUUUGAUGAAAUCGAUGCCAUAUGCAAGCAGCGUGGCUCCGUGGCCGGCAACAGUGGCGUCCACGAUACUGUGGUGAAUCAGCUGUUGACCAAAAUCGAUGGCGUGGAUCAGCUCAACAAUAUCUUGGUUAUCGGCAUGACCAAUCGUCGCGAUAUGAUUGAUGAGGCGUUGCUGCGUCCGGGACGCUUGGAAGUGCAAAUGGAAAUCAGCUUGCCCAAUGAGCAGGGACGCGUGCAGAUCCUUAACAUACACACCAAGCGCAUGCGUGACUUCAACAAGAUCAACGACGAUGUGGACAACAAGGAGAUUGCGGCGUUGACUAAGAACUUCAGUGGCGCCGAGCUGGAGGGAUUGGUGCGUGCCGCACAGUCCAGCGCUAUGAAUCGAUUGAUUAAAGCCGAUGCCAAGGUGACUGUCGAUCCCGAGGCCAUGGAGAAGCUCAAGGUGAAUCGCGAUGACUUCUUGCAUUCCCUGGAGCAUGACAUCAAGCCCGCCUUUGGCACGGCUCAGGAGAUCUUGGAUAAUAUGCUAACGCGCGGCAUUAUCAACUGGGGCCAGCCGGUGGCCAGUUUGCUGGAGGAUGGCAUGCUCUAUGUGCAGCAAGCCAAGGCGCCAGAGUCCAGUGGUCUGGUCUCCGUGCUCGUUGCGGGUGCACCCAACUCGGGCAAAACUGCACUUGCCGCCAAGUUGGCCAAAAUGUCGGACUUUCCAUUUGUCAAGGUCUGCUCGCCCGAGGACAUGGUCGGCUACACUGAGUCCGCCAAGUGUCUGCAAAUACGCAAGAUUUUCGACGAUGCCUAUCGCUCCACGCUGAGCUGCAUUGUGGUGGACAAUGUGGAGCGUCUGUUGGACUACGGCCCCAUUGGUCCCAGAUAUUCCAAUUUAACGCUGCAGGCAUUGCUGGUGCUGCUCAAGAAGCAGCCACCCAAGGGGCGCAAGCUGCUCAUACUUUGCACAUCCAGUCGUCGUGAGGUGCUUGAGGAAAUGGAAAUGCUUUCAGCUUUCACUUCGGUGCUGCAUGUGCCCAAUCUAUCCAGUCCGGAGCAUGUGCUGGCCGUGCUGGAGGACAACGAUAUCUUUAGCAAGGGUGAAAUCCAAGCCAUUGGCAAAAAGAUGGCAGGCAAACGCGUUUUCAUUGGCAUCAAGAAGCUGCUGGGCCUCAUCGAUAUGGCACGCCAGACGGAGCCAUCUCAACGUGCCAUCAAAUUCUUAACCAAAAUGGAGGAAGAGGGCGGCUUGGACAUGGUAGCGCGUUAAGAGCGCAAAACGAUUCUAAAAAUCAAAGCAAAUUUAUUAAAUGCAAUCUCAAUUAUUAGCUGCUAAGUGCCCAAAAGAGAAACCUAUAUGAGCAAUCUUAACAGACAUUCCUAAUAUAUACAACACCGUUAUGCAUUUGUUUAUAUAGACAGCAGCUAUCAAUAGGCCACGUUUACUACAUAUAUACAACAAAUGGUAUCAAAAUACAUAUAGUAGUUGCUUAAAUGUUAAAAUUAUGUUUAUGACAACAUUUGAUUUUUGUU